AUGGGCUCUCCCCGGUGGAAGGUGGCAGUGGCGGCUUUCCUCGCAGUAGUGGGCUCCUUACUACCCGUGGACGCGGAUGAGCACGAGCACACGUACACAGAUAAGGAGGAGGUGGUUCUGUGGAUGAACACGGUGGGGCCCUACCACAACCGGCAGGAGACCUACAAGUAUUUCUCUCUGCCCUUCUGCGCGGGCAACAAGAAGACCAUCAGCCAUUACCACGAGACCCUCGGCGAGGCCCUGCAGGGAGUGGAGCUGGAGUUCAGCGGCCUGGACAUCAAGUUCAAAGAUGAAGUCAUGCAGACGACGUACUGUGAAAUUGAUUUGGACAAACCCAAACAGGACGCCUUUGUUUACGCCAUAAAGAAUCACUACUGGUAUCAGAUGUACAUAGACGACCUGCCCAUCUGGGGCAUCGUCGGUGAGGCGGACGAAAACGGAGAGGAGCACUACCUGUGGACGUACAAGAAGCUGGAGAUCGGCUACAACGGCAACAGGAUAGUGGACGUGAAUCUGACCAGCGAGGGCAAAGUCAAGCUCAUGCCCAACACCAGGAUCGCCAUGUCGUACUCGGUGAAAUGGAAGAAGUCGGAUGUAAAGUUCGAGGACCGCUUUGACAAGUACCUGGACCCGUCCUUCUUCCAGCACAGGAUCCACUGGUUCUCCAUCUUUAACUCCUUCAUGAUGGUCAUCUUCCUGGUGGGCCUGGUCUCCAUGAUCCUGAUGAGGACCCUGAGGAAGGAUUACGCCCGCUACAGCAAAGAGGAGGAAAUGGACGACAUGGACCGAGAUCUGGGGGACGAAUACGGCUGGAAGCAGGUCCACGGAGACGUGUUCAGGCCUUCCAGCCACCCGCUCAUCUUCUCCUCGCUCAUCGGCUCCGGCUGCCAGAUCUUCUCCGUCUCCUUCAUCGUCAUCAUCGUGGCCAUGGUGGAGGAUCUGUACACGGAGAGGGGCUCCAUGCUGAGCACGGCCAUCUUCGUUUAUGCUGCCACCUCCCCCGUCAACGGCUACUUUGGGGGGAGCCUGUACGCAAAGCAAGGAGGCAGAAGGUGGAUUAAGCAGAUGUUCAUCGGCGCCUUUCUGAUCCCAGCCAUGGUGUGCGGCACGGCGUUCUUCAUCAACUUCAUCGCCAUCUACUACCACGCCUCCAGGGCCAUCCCCUUUGGGACCAUGGUGGCCGUCUGCUGUAUCUGCUUCUUCGUCAUCCUGCCUCUGAACCUGGUGGGAACCAUCUUGGGAAGGAAUCUGUCGGGUCAGCCCAACUUCCCCUGCCGAGUGAACGCCGUGCCGCGGCCGAUCCCCGAGAAGAAAUGGUUCAUGGAGCCGGCCGUCAUCGUGUGCCUGGGAGGAAUCCUGCCCUUCGGCUCCAUCUUCAUAGAAAUGUACUUCAUCUUCACGUCGUUCUGGGCCUACAAGAUCUACUACGUGUACGGCUUCAUGAUGCUGGUCCUGGUCAUCCUCUGCAUCGUCACCGUGUGCGUCACCAUCGUGUGCACGUACUUCCUGCUCAACGCCGAGGACUACAGAUGGCAGUGGACGAGCUUCCUGUCUGCUGCGUCUACGGCCGUCUACGUUUACAUGUACUCCUUUUACUACUACUUCUUCAAAACUAAGAUGUACGGCUUAUUUCAAACCUCCUUCUACUUCGGCUACAUGGCCGUGUUCAGCACCGCUCUGGGAAUCAUGUGUGGUGCCGUCGGCUACAUGGGGACAAGUGCCUUCGUCAGGAAGAUCUACACGAACGUGAAAAUCGACUAAGAGGCGCGGCCGCUCCCCGGGAGCCGCAGGAUUCACCGACGCGUUGUGAAAGACGGCCGGCACAAAGUCAUUCUCUAUUACUUUCCCUCCUUCUCGCAGAGAUUGUGGGAAUCUCACUUUGUACAAAAAAAGUUUGUUUUUCUUCCAUUUUUUUUUUUUUUUUUUUUUUCUGAAUGAAUAACAACGUGACUUUAAGAGGGGAAAACUGUGGAGGAGAUUAAAGUGCAGGUUUUCUUUCUAAUCAGUUGCUUUUUGCAGAGAGGGGGGGGGGCGGGGUGAAUGUUUAAGGCCGACCCGGUGCCACCGGAGGCGCGUGGACGGCGUGGCGUAGCUCUCUUCAGUGAAGAGGCCGGAGCGUUCAGGAAGCCUUGGUUCUGUUGCUUGGUUCUGGGUUCGACGCCGUGUUCUGACUCCUUCUUCUUCUUCUCUUUUUGUAUUCCUGGAAGCUAAACCGUUGCUCCACCGUACCGUAGUCCACUCUCUCUCUCUCUGCUCUGGCUGAUGAAGGUCAACGCAGACCCGCCGUCGGGUCGCUGAGCAGAGAGACUGAGCCGCAGGACGAACCCAUUUCUUCUUCUGUUGUUUUUUUUUUUUUUUAAAUGGCUGUUUGACGUGAUCCGUUUCCAGGUCGAGUCUUGUUUUUCUAAAUGUUUGGGUUGAAUGAAGUCUGCGUGUAAAGAUAAUAUAUGGACGGGGUGGCGUGUAUAUAACCUGAAUAAUGUACCUUUAGAUGUAGAUCCCAGAUGUAUUUUCGUUGUACAGUUUUACUACAGGGUGUGUUUUCUUUAUUUUUUAAAUGAAUCCUUUCCAUUGAUCUCUUUAGUUCGGUGCUUUGGUGGGUGGGGGGGGGGUGCUGUUACAGCUUGCCUCAGAUCGCAUGAAGUUUUCAUUCACCAUCCCCUUCAUACAGUUCUUUUUCAGCCUGACCUUUUUUUAAAACAAAAAGCCACGUUUUUGCUUCACUUUUUCUUUAAAAAUAGGGGAUUUAGUUUUAUUUAAAAGCUUUAAAGAGGCUCCACGUCUGCAGACAUACUGUACAAAGUAAAGUUUCUGUCCACCUAAAAACUAGAUGUUCCCAUGGCCACGCUGUGCUGCAGAGUGUUUCGGAUCUGUGUAAAUACAGUAUGUACCCUACUUGUAUGAAAAAGUUUCUUUUUUUUUUUUUUCUAAUCUCCAGUCGUCUCCCACUCUGGUUGAUUUCGGCACUUCAUGUUGUGAACCAAUGUCAGACAUUUUGAACCUGCAUAUUAACUUGCUGUAAAAAAAAAAAAUAAACAUGUUUAUGUACA